AUGACAGAGAAUCGACGACAGCAGGGCGUAUGGGACCCUGGAACCCAUCCAGAAGAUGCCCCUCAGCCAGUCCUGGAAAAUGAGCCGUAUCGCCAACCACCGCCGAAGAUGGCUCGGCCUUAUCUGAAACUUGCUUGUGCUGGCUUUUCCUUCUUUUAUGCUGGAACGAACGACGGUACUAUUGGACCGCUGCUUCCGUAUAUACUGCGCAGGUACAACAUCAGCACAGGCCUGGUUACAGUCACCUACGGGGCCACAUUUAUUGGCUGGGUGCUAUCUGCACUCACGAACACCCAUCUUACGACGACACUUCGUUUGAGACUUGGUGCGACGCUGUCUCUCGGCGCAAUAUUACAGUUGGUGGCGCAGCUCUUGCGGUUCUGGAAUCCCCCGUUUCCCUUAUUUGCCAUUACAUUCCUGUUGACAGCCUUGGGCCAAGCGUAUCAGGAUAGCUAUUCCAACACUUUUGUGGCCAGCCUCCCCGUCGCCCACCGAUGGCUUGGCUUCAUCCACGCAAUGUAUAUGCUAGGCUGUCUUACUGGGCCCUUGAUCGCCACGCCCGUGGCUUCUCAUACUAAGUGGUACCUUACAUAUGCAGUUGAGGCAGGCCUCGGAGCCAUAAACCUUGUCUUUGUGCUAAUCGCCUUUGAACUCGAAGAAGCCGUGGUUUCGCCCCAGACGGAGGACAACGUCAAUGCCGCCACCAACUACACCACCCGAGCUCGAAACAAACAAGCAUUUCAAGAAAUCAAGCAAGCCCUGCGCCUGCGCACUGUCUGGCUCCUGAGCAUGUUCUACUUCUUUUACCUUGGCGCCGUCAUCACCGUGUCCGGGUGGGUGGUAGAAUACCUAGUGCAAGAGCGCUCCGGCUCGCUGUCGUCCAUGGGCUACGUGCCCGCCGCACUCAGCGGGGGCGGAUUCCUGGGCCGCCUGUUGCUCGCGGAGCCAACACACCGUUUCGGCGAGCGCAGGAUGAUCCUCCUUUACAUCGUCAUCUGCCUCGCGCUGCAGCUCAUGUUCUGGCUUAUUCCGAACCUCAUCUCUGGGGUGGUCGUCUAUGUCGCCCUUGGCUUCUUCUCAGGCCCUUUCUUUGCUACGGGCAUAUCAGUUGCCUCAAAGCUAUGUCCGAAAUCCAUCCAGCAUACUGCACUCGGCUUCAUCUUCGUCCUCGCGCAAGCAGGGGGCUCACUCUUCCCGACCAUGACGGGCGUGAUCGCCGCCAAAGCGGGCGUCAAGGUCCUGCAGCCGAUACUCGUAGGCCUGUUCGUCGCGACUGGGGUCAGCUGGUGUCUCGUGCCUCGGACCGCGGGGAAGGUCAGGGAGGUUUAG